AUGAGAAAGAGAAAGAGACAUAACACAUCGCCGUUCGGACGUGUUUUCGCUGCGCCUCGCUAAAACUAAAAAAAGGCUGAAUUCGAACUUAAGCUAAAGUCGAGAUAGAGGAGCAAGAAAGACAUCUAGUCGCGUCGUCGAAAAAAUUUAAUCACGGGAUCGUAGUAAAUAACCAAUUCCCAUCGUUGGGGACAAACCUUUUUCUCCGCCGAAAGACGAAAUUACACGCGCUCUUGUUUUUCGGCUCGUGUUAAAAAACAUAAAUUGUUACGCAGAAGAAGCACCGUAAAUCCGGGAAGAAAACAACCAGUUUAAUUUGGUUGCUACUAAAAAAAUAUCCACAUCUUAAAUUUGUAUAUCGUAUACAUCGCCACAACUCUGGUGCGAGUGCGACAGCAAUAGCAGGCCGAGUGCAGCAGUGCGAUUGCAUCGAAGGGGAAAAACCAAAGAAGUUAAUAAUAUUUGAGUGGAGGCUAGCUGGUAAAAACAAAAUAAACGAUAAAUUACUGGAUAGUCAUGGGACCCUGGAAUAGUUGAGAACAGGAAGGGAGUUUUUGGCCCCGCAACAACAACAACAAAAACAGACAGAGGAAGAACAAGACUGCGACGGCCACUCCUUUUGUGUCCGACUUCGAGAUGUGUGCGUUUGCGUGUCCGCGUCCGCCUUUGUGUCGAGCAAUUGAAAACUGGUGAUUGCUGAAUAAAUUAAGGUAGCUAAAUUAAUAAUUAGCGAAGCAAGUGGGUCCAAAAAAAGUGAAAAUCUUCUACGUUUUCGUAAGCAAAAGAAACUACAGCUACAGUUAGAGAUAAGAAGAGCUCUCGCAUACACCCACACAUAGAGAAGCGCAGGCCGAACGAACGAGUGUGCGUGCGUGUGAAUGUGUUUAUGACUCACGGCUGGUUCAGUGAGAGGGAGAGAAAGAGAGCGAGAGUGGUGGCUUGAGUAACAGUAACAAUAGAGAACGCGAACAACAACAAAUCGUCCAACGUUUAGAAUUUCCCAAGUCGAGCGUAACUAAACGCAUUGGAAGAAAAUUCCACACGCACAGAUCACACAAAUAUAAAGGGAAAGAAAGAAAGCCGCUAGAAAGAUGAGCUUCACAAAGUGGUUCAAGAAGAAGGAGGCGAUCUCCGAGAUCGGCGCGCCCACAAACUUCCAGCGUCACUUCCAUGUCUCGCGGAACCAGGAGACGGGAGACCUGGAAGGCCUUCCAGCGCCCUGGCUGCGCCUGAUGAACCAACAGAUCACACGCGAUGAACAGGACAAAAAUCCUGAUGCCGCCUACCAUGCCGUGAAGUACUACAACUACUCGAUCAAAAAGAAGGAGAACGAGGCCUUCAAGCCCUUCAUCACCGAGGAUGUGAUCCACGAGGAGUCCAAGGAGAUCGAGAACUAUGUGAACUACAAAAACAAGCAUAAGUCACAGGAUCCGGAAAAAUCCGACGACGACGGCAGCUCCACGGCUACGGAGACGGAAAGCAGCAGCGGUUGCGGCUCCUCGGCGGGCAACAGCAACAGCAGCAGCAUCAAUGACAGCAGCCAGCAGUCGGCAGUGCCGCUGGACGCCUUGGAAGAGGUGUUCAAGGAGCUUAAGUCCAAUCUGGAGCACCGUGAAACGCUGAAGGCGGCGCCACAGGAGCCGCCCCCAGUGCCGCCCAAAAAAUCGCCACACGCCAUGCCGCCCAAACCACAGAUCAAGCCCAAACCCCGGAAUGUUACCCAGAAGUUCUCACAUACCUCGGAUCUCCGGCGAGAGGAGGAUUCCGACAACCAGCAUAAAAUCAACACGGACACCAUUAUUAUCAAGCCAGCCGGCGGUGCCCAGGAUGCCGGAGCGGAUGACAAUCCGGAUGAGACGAUACUGCGCCGCUCCAAGGAGAAGCGGGCCCAGAAGACCGAUGCUGAGAUCUACGACGAGCUCCGGGCUAUUUGCAACCCCGAGGAUCCCAGGGAGCGCUACAAGACCGCCCAGGAGGUGGGCAAAGGUGCCUCUGGAAUCGUAUUUAUAGCCAACGACUUGCAAAACGAGUCGCAGGUCGCCGUCAAGACCAUCGACAUGAAGAACCAGUCCUCCAAGGACCUCAUACUCACCGAAAUCCGGGUGCUCAAGGACUUCAACCACAAGAACCUGGUGAACUUCCUCGAUGCUUACCUGCUGGAGCCUGAGGACCAGCUGUGGGUGGUCAUGGAGUACAUGGACGGCGGCCCGCUGACCGACGUCGUUACCGAGACUGUGAUGAAGGAGCGCCAAAUUGCGUGUGUCUGCCGCGAGACGCUCUACGCGAUCAGCUUCCUGCAUGCCAAAGGCAUUAUUCACCGGGAUAUCAAGUCCGACAACGUGCUGCUAGGCAUGGAUGGCUGCGUCAAAGUGACGGACUUUGGGUUCUGUGCCAACAUCGAAGGCGAUGAGAAGCGGCAGACGAUGGUGGGCACUCCAUAUUGGAUGGCGCCCGAGGUAGUUACGCGUAAAAAGUACGGCAAAAAGGUGGACAUCUGGUCCAUCGGCAUCAUGGCCAUAGAGAUGAUCGAAGGCCAGCCGCCCUACCUGUACGAGACUCCACUCCGCGCCCUCUACCUGAUCGCGGCCAACGGUCGGCCGGACAUUAAGAGCUGGGAGAAGCUUAGUCCCAACCUGCAGGACUUCCUCGACCGCUGCCUCCAGGUGGAGGUGGACCGAAGGGCCACCGCCGACGAACUCCUCAGCCAUCCGUUCCUCAACGACUGCAGCGAGGUCAAGGCCCUGGUGCCCAACAUCAAGGCCGCCAAGAAAGUGCUGCGCCGCAACGUAUAGUUGCUGUGUAAUCACCGGGCGGCCAGGGUGCUCUACGCGUGAUCGGAAGCGGGAUCGGGAUCUGCCCCGUGUGUAUAUUGAGUUUUCAAUGUAAAUUUGUUUUGUGUGGCCGAAACCGGAACUGGAACUGGAACAGAAUGCUGAUCGUAGUCUUUGUAGUGUGUACAACCGUAGAAAUAGCGAGAGCAGGACUAGGACCCGGCAACUCCCCUUCGAAAACAGGUAACACGAGUAAGGGCAGAGAGAUGACCAUGCAGCGGAAAAUUCAGAGGAAACCGUCGCAAAACCGUGGAUCCAUAUCACAUCGCUCGAGCAGUUCAUCGAUGGCUGAGGGGAGGGGGUAACGCUUAGAUUAGAUUGUCCUAUGGCAAAUUAGCUUACUUCGUACAGGGCGCAUAUAUGUAUAUGUGACCAAGCACACAAACACGCACAUAUGAUAUAGAUACUGUAUUAUUAACUGUAGGGACAUAAGUUUGAUUACUCUUUAUAUACCCGUAUAUAUACAUAAUUGUGAUUUAAGCGAUUUUAUCAAAUCUGCAUUAUGCGAUUCUUUAUAAAAUUCGUCGUAGUCAGUAAGUGCAAACGAACCCUAAAACAGAAAAUAUGCAAUACCUAUUGUAAAUUACCAAAAACGAAAAAAAAAAACUCAAAACAAAAACAAA